AUGGCACCUCUUUCUGAAGAAGAGGAGAACUAUGUUCGAUUAGCAUUGUUGUUAAAAGGAGUGACACCUAGAGCUGUCCGUACAUAUUUUGACAAAGAAUUUCCACCUACCUCUCUACCCUCAACACUUAAUACAAGCAAAAACACUCUUUUGGGCUUAAAAUUCACGAGAAUCAUCAAUCAGGCUCAAUGGAAUCUUUUGCAUCCGAGAAAUGGAGUUGUUGAUUCCAAAACAUUUGAUGUAACGUUGAUGAUCUGUUUAAUCAGAAACUUGACAUCUAUCAAUCAUCCAAUCAACGGAUUUGACGAUCUACCAUUACCGUGGGAGUUAAAUCCAGGAUCUGAUUUAGCCAGGAUAAAAUAUUACAGGAAUGAACUAGCUCAUCAUGAUAGUAAUACAAUACACAUUACAUACUUCAAUACAGCUUGGAGAGAUAUUUCACAUGCCGUAUGUCGCUUGGGAGGUCAAACAAUGUAUCAAGAGUGUCAAGAGUUAAAAGUGAAGAUCUUAGACCAGUCUCAUCAGGAAAUUAUAUUGGAAAUCAAACAAUCACUAGAAGAGAUGGAAGAGAUGAAACAUAAAAUGAAUAACUUGUGUUUGGAAAACUCUAGAAUGACAGCAUAUUUAAUAGAAUUACAAACUUCCUUCAAUACUCUACGGAAAGAACACAUGAAAAGUAUGGAAAGUUUGCAAAAUCCAAUACCAUUGAACAUCAGAGAACUGAUACAAAUAAAGAUAGAAAACUGGGGAAACAAAGAUAAGAUGUUUGUGUCAACCAAAGCAAGUGAUUAUGUCAUGAAAAGUUUACGGAACAACAGUUGUUUGACAUUAACUGCCCCAUCAGGAGUUGGAAAAACAUUUAUUGCUAGACACAUGGCACUUGUUUUAAAGAAUAUAGGAUUCAAUAUAAUACCAGUGGAAUUACCAGUCGACAUUAAAAAUUAUUACCAGCCUGGUAAAAAGACAGUAUUCAUUGUAGAUGAUAUUUGUGGAAAUUAUACUGCCAACCAACAACAAAUUGAUAACUGGAAACAACUGUUACCUGUAAUAAAUACAAUUAUUGCAGACAAGAGUUGUAGGAUUAUUGUAUCAUGUAGAUUACAAGUUUUUAGAGAUGACAACUUUAAUGCAUUAUCACCUUUCAAAUCUUAUGAAUGCAACUUAAUAUCAGAUAAGUUAUGCCUUACAUCUGAAGAGAAAACAAACAUAGGAAAUACUUACAUUGGCACAGGAAUGAAAGAACUUCAUGAUAUAUUUCAAAAGUAUGAGUUUUUUCCACGUUUGUGUAGUUUAUAUCCUGCCAUUACAAAAAGUGUACAUGCAAAAGAACUUCCUUUUACUGUUUAUAAGAAUGAGCUUGAUAAAUUAACUGAACAUGGUGAUGACGGGGGAUAUAGAAUAUGUAGUCUUGCUUUAUGUGUUCUUUUUAAUAAUAAACUUGAAGAAAAAUGGUUCUUUGGUAAAGUAACAAAAUGGCAAAAACAGAUCAUAAAAGACACAUAUAAUUCUUGUAGAUUGGACAGAAGUAUAUCAAAACCAAAACUGCAACAUGCCCUUGAUACCUUAGAUGGAACAUUUAUCUGUAAACAAAAUGGUAUUUAUAGAAUUUUACAUAAUACACUAUUUGACUUCCUUGCUCAUUACUUCGGCCAGAAAAUGAUUGAAUGUCUGAUAGACCAUGGCGAUAGUGGUAUAAUACAUACACGUCUUAUUUGGCAGAAAUCAUCAGAUGACAGGGACAGUAACAUAGAUUUCCUUAUUGAGAUACCACAUAAUAGUUCACAAACAUAUCUAAAAAGGUGUAUAAAGGACUGGUCAGCUGGAAAUGUGUCAGUUGUAUUUCAAAACAAGAAUAUGAAGAUAUCAUCAUUUCGACAACAGUUAUUACAGUACGUACAACGACUAGAAAAAUCAGAAAAAGUAGCAUUAGUCAAUACUAAGGACACAGUGAUGCCAAAGGCAUCAGGUAAUACUCCACUUAUUCUUACUUGUGGUGAUGGUUAUACUGAUAUGGUACAGUGGAUUUUAUGCAACGAUGUGAAUGUGGAUCAGUGUAACGAUGAUGGGGUUACUGGACUGUACCUGGCAAGUCAGAACGGACAUAAUGAAAUAGUCAAGUUAUUGUUGGAGAAAGAUCCUAAUGUUGAUCUAUGUGACAAGGAUGGCUAUAGUUCGCUGUCCACGACAGGUUAUAAUGGACAUACUGGUAUAGUAAAGUUACUGUUAGAGGAGAAUCCUAAAGUUGAUCUAUGUGACAAGGAUGGCCGUAGUCCUCUCUACAAAGCAAGUCAGAAUGGACAUACUGGUAUAGUAAAGUUACUGUUAGAGAAGAAUCCUAAUGUUGAUCUAUGUGACAAGGAUGGCUGUAGUCCUCUGUACAAAGCAAGUCAGAAUGGACAUAGUGAUUUAGUAAAGUUACUGUUAGAGAAGAAUCCUAAUGUUGAUCUAUGUGACAAGGAUGGCCGUAGUCCUCUGUACACAGCAAGUCAGAAUGGACAUACUGACAUAGUAAAGUUACUGUUAGAGAAGAAUCCUAAUGUUGAUCUAUGUGACAAGGAUGGCCGUAGUCCUCUGUACACAGCAAGUCAGAAUGGACAUACUGACAUAGUAAAGUUACUGUUAGAGAAGAAUCCUAAUGUUGAUCUAUGUGACAAGGAUGGCCGUAGUCCUCUGUACACAGCAAGUCAGAAUGGACAUACUGACAUAAUAAAGAUACUGUUAGAGAAGAAUCCUAAUGUUGAUCUAUGUGACAAUGAUGGCGUUACACCACUUAUUCAGUUAUGUGCCGGUAAUCACACCAGUAUUGUACAGCUAUUAAUGAGACAUAAACCAAACAUUGAUGCCCAGACCUAUGAUGGAGGUAAUGCCUUAAUGUUCAGUGUAGUGAAUGGAAACCUAGAGAUAAUUCAGCUACUAGUAAAGAACAAUGCUGAUUGUAAUGUGUGCUGCUGUAGUAAACAGACUUUAAUAGAUACAAUUAAAGGCAAGAAAUCAAUAACAUUAGAAGAAGAAAAACAAGCUUGUUUUGAUUAUCUAAUACAGAAAGCAUCCUCACAAGUAGCAGAUUAUAUCAGUAAGAACACAAUAAACUACGUCUUCAAUAUGGAGGCUGGAUGUUCUCCGUUACACUUUGCCUGCUUUAUGAAUAGGCUAGAUGUAGUCCGUUGUCUUCUGGGCCAUAAUGCUAACAUCAACAUGACAAACGAAGACGAAACAACUCCAUUAUUUUUUGCAUGUGAAGUAGGAAAUGAGGAUAUUGUACGUUUAUUGUUAGAUAAAGGUGCAGAUACACAGAUUUGUAGACUAGAUGGAAAAUCCCCUUUACAGAUUGCUACAGAUAAUGGACAUACAUCUAUAGUAGUGGUUGUAUCAGAACACAUGAUGUUGAACACUCUUUCUUCUAACUCUUGUUCUGUAAUCAGCGGGUCUAUCUGA